AUGUAUGUAAAUCCAUUGGAAGAUAAUGUUGAAGGAGAGGGAGAUUCUGAAAGUAGUUUGAUGGUUGCAUCAUUCACUCAAGAAAAUUGUAGAAAAAUGCUUGCUAGGAUGGUUAUCUUGGAUGAAUUUUCAUUUAAGUUUGUAGAAAGUGAAGGGUUUCACCAAUUUUAUCGGGCAUUAAAUCCAAAGUUUGUGAUUCCAGCAAGAGUAACCGUUGCAAAAGAUUGUUUUCAAAUAAUUUUGAACUUUUGUCAAGUAGCUAAUCAUAAAGGAGAUACCAUAGGUAGAGCCAUUGAAAAGUGCUUAGAAGGUUGGGGUAUUGAUAGGCUCUUUGCUAUAACGGUUGAUAAUGCGAGUUCAAAUGAUGCAACCAUUGCGUACUUGGUUAAAAAGUUUAAAGGCAGAAAUGAGUUGGUGUUGGAUGGUGAAUUUAUUCACAUUAGAUGUUGUGCCCAUAUUCUUAAUUUAAUUGUUAGUGAUGCCUUAAAAGAUUUGCAUGUGUCUAUCAUUCGAAUCAGAAAUGUUGUGAAGUAUGUUAGGUCAUCUCCUGCUAGAUUGCAAAUAUUUAAAGAUUUUGCUAAAGAAGAUAAGAUGUCAACAAAAAAUUGUCCUACAAUGGAUGUUCCGACACGAUGGAAUUCUACUUUGACUAUGUUGGAUAGAGCAAUUAAGUGUCAAAAGACUUUUGAAAGAUUAGAGGAGCGUGACCCUAGUUAUUUACCAAAGAAUGAUAUUCCUACUACUGAAGAUUGGGAUAAUGCAAAAGUGUUUGUAAAGUUCCUAAAGACUUUUUCAGAGGUAACAAUGAAGUUUUCUGCAUCUAUGUCUGUGACUUCAAACAUAUUUUUUCAUGAACUUUGUUUGAUCCAAGAAAUAAUUCGUGAAUACUCAUCGUAUGAGAAUGCAUUAUUGAGUCAAAUGACAUUAAGCAUGCAAACAAAAUUCAACAAGUAUUGGGGUAUAACUACAAGUGAGAAGACCAAUUUAUUAUUGUAUGUUUCUGUAGUUCUUGACCCUAGGUACAAGCUAGCUUAUGUGAAUUAUUGUUUUAAUGAAUUUUUGGAGGAAGAUUGUGCAAAAAUAUGGAUGAAUAAGGUUGAAGAAGCAUUUCGUCGAUUGUGUGAUGAUUAUUAUAUGAGAAUGUCAAAAGAAAAAUAUUCACAAACACAAUCAUGUACACCUAUCGAAGGAUUUGGCUUUCAAAGUCAAAGUGAAAUACCUUCUAUCUCAUCUAGUGGAUCUUAUAAGGCACGUGCUACUGUUCAUGAUAGAUUUAAACAAAGUAACAAAACAUGUCUAGAUGAUGCUAAAACAGAGGUAGCUCGUUAUUUGGAUGAGACUCGUAUAGAUUGUAUGAGCGAUGAAUAUUUAGAUUUGCUAACUUGGUGGAAGGUGAAUUCCUCUCGAUUUAAGAUCAUUAGCCAAGUAGCUAAGGACAUCUACAGUAUUACUAUAUCAACUGUGCCUUCUGAGUCCGCCUUUAGCACUGGAGGACGGGUGCACUCAUUUGUGCUCAUAAUUGGAUUCAGUCUAAACCUUUGA